UCUAAAAAUCAUAGGUUAUGUCCGGUAAGUUUGAACACGUCCUUAUGUAAUGGCGAUUAGACCGGAAUUUGAUCGGAAUCUAUGUUUUUAAGUCAUUAGCCUAAUCACUCUCGAUAUCGAAUAAGAAGAUAUUAAAAAGAUAAAUCCUUCAACAUAGAAAAAAGGAAAAGAAUCUCAUCGUUUCAUCGAUCAUUCGUACAUAUGAUAUCAUUCAUCUUUACACGAUUUUUUGGAAUUAUUUUAAGGGACAUCAAGAAUCAUCUAUUAAUCGGAGAAUGACAUUGCUAAUAAAUUAACAUAAUGCACAUCUUUUAACGUUGAAUGGCGUUGGGGCAAAGGCUUUAUUAUAGGCAUCUAUAAUCACCUAUAACUAUAUAUUGAGAGAGAAAGAGAGUCAAUCUUUACAAAGAAUGGCGUUGGGGCGAGUAUCUAUGGGUUCCUGGAGCUAAACAUUGAAUGAGAGAUAAAGAGAGAAAGAGAGCCCGUCUUUACAACAGGCCGACACUACGGAGAGAUACGAAAGCGGACGGUCAGAGUGUAGUGGGGAAGCGACAGCGCGUUUUAUCACACUCGCUGUCGCGUCGCAUGCGUUUCUCUUCCCCGUCGUCGAUUACCAUGUAGUGCAGUUCAGAAUCGCUCGCAUCGACACGGCAGCCGUGGUCGUACGCGCGCGUUACUAGUGAUCGUCGAUAUGCGCUAGUAACGAACAGAGGUGUGUCGCGACACGCGUUAACGUGUAGCAACGAACAACCGACCGACUAGUUCCGUCUCGCCGUGUUCCUCUUUCUAGCGGCGUGUGAGAGAGCAGAGAAAAAGAGAGAGAGAGAGAGAGGGAGGAGACAACAUCAAGGUGGUGCAGCGCAAGACAUAUCUCGGGUGCUUGUCAGCGAAUGCCGUGACACACAAAACGCAGACGUCGUCGGUUGACGGUGAGGAGCGCCGCCCCGUAAUUACCGCGAUUAUUUAAUCAUGCCCAAUUCGCGGUGUACCAGAGGCGAUUGUGACCAAGCGGUAGCAACAGCAGUAGCAUCAGCAGCGUUAACAGUGACUACGGCUGUUUUGAACGGGAUCACGGUGGUGCGGACUGUGAUACUCUGGUGCGAGGUGUGAGUGACGUUUUAGAACAAGUUGUGCAGGAAGGAAGCGAGGGAGAACGGAACAGAACGCAAAGAAGGAAGGAAGGAAGGACAGACGGACGGACGGGCGAACGGACGGACGGAAGGACGGAAGGAAGAGAUAGACGAGGAAGACGAGGAGGAGGAUAAGAGAGAGAGCAGGGUAGCAAGAUGGCGGGCUCCUUAACGUGGUCGUGUACUUGUUGCCUGCGGUUCAAGUUUAGCCCGGAAGAGAUCGAGCAGCGUUACAAGAGCCAGGAGAUCGACCGGAUGCUGGAGAAGGACCGGCAAGCGUUUCGCCGGCAGGUCAAAUUGCUGCUGCUCGGGGCGGGCGAGAGCGGCAAGUCGACAUUCCUUAAACAGAUGCGGAUCAUUCACGGGAUCAAGUUCGAGCCUGAAUUAAUUAAAGAAUACCAACAUGUGAUCUACCAGAAUAUUAUUAAGGGAAUGAAAGUUCUGGUGGAUGCUCGGGAUAAGCUGAAUAUUCCUUGGGAGAAUCCUAAGAAUUAUGAUAUUGGUUUCCAAUUACUCAAGUUUGAAAACACAAUGGUAUUGGAUGCUAGAUUAUUUUUGCACUAUGUACCAGGGCUGCAAAGUUUGUGGAAAGAUGCAUCAAUUAGAAGGGCCUUUGACAGGCGAAGAGAAUUCCAAUUAAGCGAUUCUGUUCAGUAUUUCUUGGAUAAUCUCGACAGGAUUGCAAGAGUGGAAUAUACGCCUACGCAUCAAGAUAUUUUACACUGUAGGAAGGCAACAAAGGGGAUCUCUGAAUUUGUAAUACCAAUUAACAAUAUCCCAUUCCUCUUUGUCGACGUUGGCGGCCAAAGAUCUCAGAGGCAAAAGUGGUAUCAGUGUUUCGACUGUGUGACUUCCAUACUUUUCCUCGUGUCAUCAUCGGAAUUCGACCAGGUCUUGCUCGAAGAUAGGAGGACUAACAGACUGGAGGAAUCCAGGAAUAUAUUUGAUACGAUCGUGAACAACAUGAUAUUCUGUGGUGUUUCCAUUAUCUUAUUUUUGAACAAAACUGAUUUGCUCGAUAAGAAAGUAAGGUCACAGGAUACGAAUGUCCGUUGGUACUUUCCACAAUUUACGGGUGAUUCACAUUCCAUGAAGGACGUCCAAAAUUUUAUACUCGAUAUGUUUAUCUCGGUUAAGAGAGAUCCGAGGAAGCCGUUGUUCCAUCACUUCACCACCGCGGUGGACACGGAGAACAUUAAAGUUGUCUUCAACGCGGUGAAGGACACCAUUUUACACCGGAACUUAGAGUCUCUCAUGCUUCAAUAAUGCUGUAGAGACGGAGGAAUAAGAGCACAAAUAAAGCAGCUAGUAACACAAAGGUACGCGGCAGAAAUUAACAUUUAGCAUACCAUUAAUCCAACCCGUAGUUUUCGAGGAAUACUGCGAUGCAGACUAGGUCGAAAAAAAUAAAUAAAACAUUUUGAUAAGACAAUAUAUCUGUAUGGAUACGCGAAUUGAGUAUUUACCUCCGUAUAUAGAUACGUUUUCAGUAGAGAAAGUGAAAGAGAAAACUGCCUGAUGUAAAGAUAUAUAUUGAGAAUUUUGACUCUGUAUACACUAUACAUAUAUAUUAAGAUAUAUUUCGGUCGCUUUCGAUAAACAUUGAACAGUUGUAAGGAGAUUAUUAUACAAACUUGUACAUAACUAAUUUGUAUUCUGUAUGUUGUCAAUAAUUUCUACGAUAAUGUGGGUUGACAUAUUUGUAUAAAAAGAAGGAUCAGUUGCAAAUAAUCCAAUUUAGAUUCUUACAUUUGUACAGAUACACGUGAUCCCCGAUGCUUUUUUCCAUAAAUAUAAUGCGUAAGAUUAUUGCUGGUUGUUAAACCAGAAUUCACAGGUCUAUGGAAUAACUUAUUUCUUACUUAAGAUGGACUAUCCUUAAUUAACACUGACUAUAUUAAGUAAUAAGAAAAACCAAAUAUACUAGAUUCAUGCCAUAUAAACCAAAUGAAACUAACCAGUUUGUGUUCAAAUUGCUGGAAAAAAAGGAAAUUGUUCAGCCAUUUCUUCUUUUGAAGAGACGAUGCAAUAUAAUGUAUGUAAUGCUAUUCGAUGUAAUGCUAUUCAAAUCUUUGUAUCUUACAUAUACUAUACAUUGAUUCACUUUCGAGAUUCUCUUUUUAUAGUGUUGUUGUCAUUCUCACGGACUGAAGAUCAUGAAAAUUGUAUUAAUUGAAAUCGUUUUCUUGUUAUACAAAAUAGUAUGUUAAUUGAAAUUUUUUAAAUAUCUCAUACAGUUUUUACAUAUAUAAUACGACAAUAUAAUUUUUCUUGCGCUAAGUGGCGAGGUAGAGAAUUAAUUCUACAUUAGAAAAGCAUGUAAUAGCAGUUCUAAAUUUUAUAAUUGCAUCACAAGUUUUGUCUAUCCUGUAAAUUUGAUAACUGAUCCUUUAUGGAAUAUAAAUAUAUAUUUGUACUUUUCAACGGAAAUUUAAUUUUCACAAAUGAUCAGUAUUAUUUUGUUCCAUAUUGUGCAGAUUAACGAAUGAAUUACGUGAAUUGAUUUUCGACUUUUUGCAGUUUCGAUAAAAAAACCAGAUUUUGUAACAGCAAUUUGUAUAAGCUACGUCUAAUUUAACAUAUAAAUAUGAUAUUAUGUUUACGUCUACAUAUGCAUGUGUACUUGAUUAAAAAUUUUUUAUCUUGUGCAAGUGAUCGAUUGAUAAAUCUGAUGCAAUUUGAGCUGAAACAUUGUAAUGUACCAAAAAUUCCGUAAAGGAAUGUAACAAGUAUAUUUUGUGUAGAAGAGAAAUUUCUGUUUAUCUUUGUUCUAGCAAUGAAAGUAAUAAUAUCUUUUAUUGUAUGUAUACGCGCACAUAAAUCGUGCCCAAAGAUUUUAUGUAAUGAUGUUGGUUAAGCCAAAGAAUUCUGUGAAUCGAGGAGCUUUUACAUAUUUUAUAUUUUUUCUAUUAAUUUAUCUAAUGAUAUGCAAUACAUUAAUAUACAUGCAUUACCCAUAUUCUUGAAAAUAUAAUUGCUGUCACGAUACGAUCAUAAGUUAAUGAAGUGUGUUUUGAUUCUGUAAUUAGAUCAUCUAUUACAUAAAAUCUUUGCUAUUUUUUAAUCUGCGAAAAUUCAGGAAAAAGAUAUAAGUUUACUAACUACAAGUAAAUUUAUAAUAUGCACACUUCUCCCAUAAAUAUAUGAGAACAAUUAAUUUUAUAAUAUUAAGUUUAUACAUAUAUAUAGCUUAUAUAUA